CCUAGUCAAACUAAGAACUAGUUUAGGGAAUGCGCUGCUCAGCACUUUGUUCAACAUGACGAUUGCGCAGAUUCGGCGUGCGUUGAAAUCGUCAAGAAAAUCUUUGAUGAAAUCGUUCGUGCCAAAGAAUAUGGGAUUUAAACAUGUUUCCAGAGAGGAGAUAAAAACGACCCAUACACGACCUCUAGCGCAAGAAUUGUUCGCUGCAUCUGACCAAAAUAAAUCAAUAAUUGUUUUAGAUGGAACAUAUAUAUAUAUACAAAAAAGUUCAAACUUUUCUUUCGCACGUCGGUCGUACUCCAUGCACAAGCAUAGGCCACUUGUCAAGCCAAUGAUUGUUGUGUCCACCACUGGCUACAUUAUAUCUAUUUUGGGACCGUACUUGGCGGAUAGCAAAAACUCAGAUGCAAAUAUACUGAAACACAUCAUCAAUCAAAAUACUGAGGAUUUUAAGAGCUGGAUUCAGGAAGGUGAUGUGGUCGUAGUUGACAGAGGUUUCCGAGAUGCGUCGACUGUUCUCGAAGAACUUGGUGUAACUAUGCAGAUGCCAUCUUUUAUGCGAAAGGGGUCUACACAGCACACAAGCGAAGAGUCUAACAAGUCGAGGCUUGUGACGAAGGUGACUAUGUGCGAAUUGUUGGAGCAAUCUGCAACCGCUUCAGACCGGCUCUAAGUAGCGGGGACUCCGAUCAAGACAAAAUAGUUGCAGAGAGAAUGUUGUAUUUGUCAGGGCAGAACAACGAUUUACAACAAUUCAUCUCUGACAACGACAUAGAAAAAAUAACCAAGGCAUCGUGGAAACCGAUGGACGAACUAGACAUAAACUGUCCAAUAAUGACCGAGGAUGAACUUAGAUGUCUAAUCUUUGGUGUAUACACAGUUAAGCUGGCGGCUUCUUAUACACAAGAGCACAUGUCAAGUGACGGAAUAUACUCAAUUCACGGUUAUGUGCACAAUAUGAGUUUGCUGUGCUUGAAGUUCCAAAGUCGGCAUGUGUCCCGAAAGCAAUACCUGUCUUACAUACGUUUUAAGGAGGGGUCAGUCGACGCAUGGUUUUGCAGCUGCCCAGUGGGAGCACGUGUAGUUGGAACAUGUGCGCACGUUACAAGUGCGCUGUGGUACCUUUGUUUCAGGCGACACCAAACUGAUCAACCGUCAGAUGGUCCGAGAAAUUGGGCUGCAGACAUUUCAGAUGCUGCUAACGUGUCAUAUUAAAUAUUAAGACGCGCUCUGAGACAUAGACAAAACAAGUCUUAAAAAUGUGUGUUCAUUUACAUCUAAUAAAGACAAAACAAGUCUUAAAAAUGUGUGUUCAUUUACAUCUGAUAAAGACAAAACAAGUCUAUAAAAUGUGUGUUCAUUUACAUCUGAUUAAGACAAAACAAGUCUAUAAAAUGUGUGUUCAUUUACAUCUGAUUAAGACAAAACAAGUCUAUAAAAUGUGUGCUGAAUGAUUUCUCUGAGAAAAAGGGGUUAAAUGCAUUAAUAGGCGUCAAGUGCGCAGUAGAGGGCGUUGUGUUUCUGACAAACACAUCUCUUGUUUAAAGAUGUGAAUGUAAGCAAUAUUACAAUUUGCAACAUUGAAAAUAUUUUAUACUGAUUGUUGAAAGUCGUGUAACUGACAUGUUUAUAAAAUUGACUGGUUUUAUUUUUUUGUUUUUUUGGUGACAAAUAUCAAUGGGCAGAAUAAUGUGUGGAUGGCAUGAUAGAAAAAAAUGUCAUUAUUGGAAGAAUGUGAACAUUUACCAGAUGAAAAUCGUUAGUAUAACAACGAUUGUAUAAACAUAAGCUUCAUACUAUCGCUAUAUUUAAAUCAGAUUUGGGUUUUUCCAAAAAUUGGAGAAUGUGAUUUGUCAACUACGGAAAAACUAAAACGUCAAAAAAGCCAUAUUUGACAAUUAUUAAUGGAAAAUUGUGAGGAAAUAAUAGGAUAAAUAGAAUAUUAUGUUAUUUUUGGAUAAAUAUCAAGUUUAUCAUGCUCGGCACGAACUAUGUUAGCGCUCGGCAUGCCUCGCGCUACAUCGGUUCUAAGCCUCGCAUGAUAAACUUGAUAUUUAUCCAAAACUCACAUAAUAUUCUCUAUAUGUACAAGGUUACGCGAUCAGGAUGUGCAUACGGAAUAUGUUAUUACAAUAGGUCAUGAUAUUACACCGUAUUUGUUGUUGUUUUAUUAAUAUUUUCGUUGUUACUUAUAAGAAUGUUCUAGUUUUAUUAUGAUGAUGCGAUUUAAAAAAAUGUUAUAAACAAUGUGUGAUUAUUUUGCGUAAAACAUUUAGCGAUAUGAAGAAAUAAUAAUAUCAUAUGACAUGUAAUAUGUUACUUUGAUUUAUGAACAUGAAUUAAAUCAUUUCUCACAUUGUG